AUUAUACAAAUGUAAACAGUAGAUGAGGUUUUUGUGAAGGUUAUGCACAAUACAAAAUUCCUGUUUCCUCUGUUGUUGAGUUGCUUUUUACCAAAAAAAAUUCAAUUUCUCGAUCCUUUAAAAAGAAUUUUGGCCCGAUUCUACUCCGAUGCCGGCUCCAGGAAAGCUGCAAGUGUUGACACUUUACAAAGCUCUGUUGAGAGAGGCCUCGAAAUUUCCGGCGUACAAUUUCAGGAUGUAUGGUCUGCGAAGGGUCCGAGACGGCUUUAAAAUCAAUAAAAGCAUUACUGACGAGGCGAAAAUAAUCGAAAAAUACGAAGAAGGGAUCAAAAGUCUCGAUAUCAUCAAAAGACAGGUUGUUAUAUCAUCACUGUUCCGGACAGACACCCUCGUUAUAGAAAAAAUGCAGUAAUUACUAGUUAAGAGAAAUUUUGUAUAUAUUUUUUUGUAGCAUGAGUCAUUUUUAUAUUUAUUGUUUUGUUAAUUGAGAAAAUAAAUUUAUA